AUGAAAAUCGGGCACCCCCAGGCGAUCUUGGCGCUGGUGCCAGCUUACUCUCGUGGGUCGUUCGUUGCGGGAAUGCUUGCGGGUGUUCCAGACCUCCAGCCUGCGAGACGAAAAGACAUCGCUCCGGGAAGAAGUGGAGGCGGCAGCGGUAACGGCAACGACACCGCGAGGAGAAGAGGAGGGGAGCAGCAGCGAAGUUGGGACGGACGAGAUAGCGGGAGAGGGGGGGCGUGGGGCGGCGGCAGCAGCGGCGGCAAUCAGGGACAGCGUGUCGGCGGCAGCAACAACGGCUACAGCAACGGCUGCGGCGAGUUCGAGAACGGUUACGGCAGGUACGGCCGCAGUAGCAGCUUUGACGACGAGGCGAACACGAGGGGGGGACAGGGGCCUCCCAUCCCCCCCCGGCUACCCAACGGGCCCGGCCUCGUUCGAAAACGGAAAUUCGUUCCCCCAGGACGGCUUGAUAACAACAACAACAAUAACAACAACAGCGGCAAUGGUAGCGGGGCGCAUGCUUCAGGCGGAGGCAAGUUCCCCGGAUCAGCCGCUCUUGGCGGACGAGGGGGCGGCAACAACGGCGGUAGCAAGGGCGCAGGCGGCGGCGGCGGAGCGGAUGGCGAGGAGGAACUGCCGGAGGAGUUGCAGCACCUCGAAAAGGCCAUGGUGGAUAAGAUUCUGCAGGAGGUGCAGCAGAAGGGGGACCCGGUCACGUUCGACCAGAUCGCCGGCCUUGAGUUCGCGAAGAAGAGCGUGAUCGAGCUGGUCUGCUGGCCUAUGGAGAGGCCGGACAUCUUCACCGGGCUAAGGUCUCUGCCAAAGGGGCUGCUGCUCUUUGGACCCCCAGGAACAGGCAAGACUCUGAUUGGCAAGGCCAUCGCACACCAGUCCGGAGCGACGUUUUUCUCCAUCUCCGCGUCGUCUUUGUGCAGCAAGUGGAUCGGCGAAGGGGAGAAGAUGGUGCGAACCCUCUUCGCUGUUGCUGGAUACCAUCAGCCAGCCGUGAUCUUCAUCGACGAGGUGGACUCGAUGCUGUCCAUGCGGAGCGCGGACGAGAACGAGGCUAGCCGCCGCCUCAAGACCGAGUUCCUCAUUCAGCUCGAUGGCGCUGGGACAAAAGCCGCCGAUCGUGUGCUGGUCGUUGGCGCUACCAAUCGGCCUCAAGAACUGGACGAGGCGGCGAGGAGAAGGUUCGUCAAACGACUUUAUGUUCCUCUGCCGGACAAGUCGGGUCGCCGUCAGCUGAUGAACAUCCUCCUCAAGACCAGCGUCAGCAGCCUCACCGCAGAAGACGUGGAGACAGUGGUGGAAGGGACCGAGGGUUUUUCAGGGGCAGAUCUCCACGCCCUGUGCACGGAGGCUGCGAUGGGGCCUGUCAGAGACUUGGGCAGCAACAUCUGCAGCGUCAAGGUGUCCGACGUUCCCCCCAUGGAAACCCGGCACUUCACGGAAGCCCGGCAGUCCAUGCGCCCCAGCGUUGGCGCGGAAGAGAUCACUCACUACCUCAAGUGGAAUGAGGAGUUCGGCUCGUUCAAGCGGAUGUAGCAACUGAUGAGCUCUACAGGCAGUGUACGUUGGUGUUCGGGAUACCGGUUCAGUAAACCUGAGUGGAAUUUGGAAUCAUGCCGAAGAAUAAAUGCGCUCCACCACUUUUUUUGCUUCUUUUCAUUUGUGCUGUUUUCCGCCGUCUAGAUAGACAAGAUAUCUCAUCUGGGCACCAGUCUGUAUGUAGCUUUCGGUAUAUGUUUGACUGUUUGACUGUUUGGCGUGCUGGUGAGGUCGCACAAAUAUUGUAGUACUAGGCAAGGGCUAUUAGCCAGGACGAUUGUCUUCUCCUGUCGUGGGAUUCCACGCGUUGAAAAUCACGAAGGUGCCGCGGGACUGUCCACGUGUAGCGUGACAAUCACGAUGUCAGUCGGAGGUUGCCCGCUCUGCCCUGCAGCGUGUUGUGCUCCUACGCAUGGGCCCCUCUUCCCGUCGAUUGAGGUACAGCAUCUUUGUUUGUGAAGCCUCAGACAUCCAUGCACACCACCGCGUCACGUUACCGGCUUGGUUCCGCCUUGAUGUACGUAGACCUGCAAUUCUGUGGUGGGUAUCUUCGCUGUACGUGCUUCUGGCUUGCGUCGCGGCCCAUUCGUUCGUUGUGUGGCGAAACAUGUAGUAGGUUUCUGUGUGUUGGUGCCUGCAUUGUCGCGGUUAGGCUCCCUCUCGUGUGGUACUCGUUGUUGUAUGGUGUACGAAUACGAAGUAUAUAUGCAACGCUCCCCUUCGAGAGUUAGGUGUCUUGCCUCACGGGGGCGACGCAAGACGACAUCACCAAUACCAUCGCGGCUGCAUCGCUGCAUCUCGACGUUCCACAAUUUGCAGAACUUCGUCAUGUGCGAGGUGGUUAUUUGUUUUAUCCCACCAUGGCUUUUUGCG